AAAACGAGAAGUCAAGUCUAUCAAUCUCAGUUUGCAAGCAAUCAUAGAAAGAAUAUAUAUACUCUUGUUGAAGCUUAAGUUAAAAUAAGAAAAGUCAAAUAUAAAAAAAUCUAUUAUAUUGAAACACAAUAAUAAUAGUCUUAUACGAGAAAAGUUAACACAGAUAUCACGAAUUAAGAAGAAGAAUAAAAAAAAUAUGAAAAUAUGAAAAAAUUGGCUCUUGUAUUAGUCAUCUCAUUUAUUUAUGUGUGGGAAAUUCCAAACUGCUCGCUGGCACAAAUAGUAUAUCCGGGCGAAGAAGCAGAUGUGUCCUAUGUUGCGAGAUGUACAACACCGAAUCGCGAGCGUGCUUUUUGUAUCAAUUUAGAAGAUUGCCAAUAUCUGUAUAAUGUCUUGAUAACGGUGCCCCUCAAGGAUUCCGAUCGCCUUUAUCUAAGUCGUAGCCAGUGCGGGUAUCGAAAUGGCAAAGUAUUGAUUUGUUGCCCCGAACGUUAUAGGCAAAAUGUACAAACUACAACCCUACCAAUUACUUCUCCUGUGAGUAACCUUCUACCAGACACAAGCCAGUGUGGUAACGUGUUGUCCAAUCGCAUUUAUGGCGGUAAUAAAACAGGCAUUGAUGAAUUCCCUUGGAUGGCUUUGAUUGAGUAUACAAAGGGCAAUAAUGACAAAGGUCAUCAUUGCGGUGGAACUUUGAUAAGUGACCGUUAUGUCAUUACCGCUUCACAUUGUGUUAAUGGUCCUUCAAUACCCACCGAUUGGCGCCUAACAGGUGUUCGUUUAGGCGAAUGGGACACAACUACAAAUCCUGAUUGUGAAUUUGAUGUUCGUGGUAAUAAAGAUUGCGCUCCAGAACACUUAGAUAUUGCUGUGGAGAGUGCUUUACCACAUCCUAUGUAUGCACCAAACUCGAGAAAUCAACUUCACGAUAUUGCCCUGCUGCGUUUGGCACGUAGAGUUACUUUCACCGAUUUCGUCAGACCAGUGUGUUUGCCUUUGGACGAUAAUUUAAGGGCAGCAAGUUUUGGUGGCAUUGUUAUGGACGUUGCAGGUUGGGGUAAAACUGAAAACGGGUCUUCCAGCACAGUGAAAUUAAAAGCUCCCGUACAAGGUCUCGAACCUGAAGAAUGCCGUCGAAUCUACAGUCGUCAAAAUAUACACUUAGGGGAUAAACAAAUUUGUGCCGGCGGCAAGGAAGGCGUUGACUCUUGUCGUGGCGAUUCGGGGGGUCCAUUAAUAACACUAAACAAAAGCAACAGGAUAAGAUCUAAUUACUUUUUGGCCGGUAUCGUGUCGUUUGGCCCAACACCUUGUGGUUUAGAAGGCUGGCCCGGAAUUUAUACUUGGGUCGGCAAAUACGUUGAAUGGAUUAUACAAACGAUGAAGCCGUAGCAUGCACGUCCACAGUCUUUGAUAAAUGCUAUUAAUUUUUUUUGGAUUUAUUUAUUUUUACAUCUUUCAAUACAAAUAAAUAAAUAAAU